UUGAGGUUACAUUUCCAUAUAAAGUAUUUAACACCUUAUUACUAGGACUAGCACGUUCACAUUCUAUCUUCAUUCACAAGAUUUACUUUCUUUUCUCUACUCAACAAUCAACGUGAUCACACCCCUUCAACCAUCAUCAAUAAUGGAGUUAUUGGAUAAAGCCAAAACUUACAUUGCUGAGAAAGUGGCGGACAUGCCCAAACCUGAAGCGAGUAUUACGGACGUUGAUUUCAAGGGCGUGAGCCGUGAGUCUGUUGAGUAUUUGGCUAAGGUUAAUGUCUCAAAUCCUUACUCAACUUCCAUUCCAAUUUGUGAGAUCAAGUACUCUUUCAAAAGUGCUGCCAGGGAGAUAGCAUCAGGGACCAUACCAGACCCAGGAUCAUUGAAAGCCAGUGACACAACAUUGCUUAAUGUGCUAGUAAAGGUGCCACAUAGCAUAUUGCUUAGUUUGGCAAAGGAUAUUGGUGCUGAUUGGGACAUUGACUAUCAAUUGGAUAUUAGUCUAAUUAUUGAUCUUCCUGUUAUUGGCAAUUUCACCAUUCCUCUUUGCCAAAAGGGAGAGAUCAAGAUCCCCACAAUCUCAGACAUGUUUGCCUAGUUUGACCCACUACGAGGCAGGCAUAGAACAAUUAAAUAAAUAAAUAAAUAAAUACAUCCUACAAUGUAUUUUUUUAUCAGUGUUUCUUUUUCCCUUUGGUUAUACUUUUAUUGUAUACCAAUUUUAUUAUUAUUAUUAUUAUUAUUAUUAUUAUUAUUAUUAUUA